AUGUCUUCUGUUCCUGAACUCAAGUCAGAUCGGCUGCGCAUGCAGCUGAGUACAGUUGGAGAGAGAUUUGCGGGCUUCAAAUCAAGUAUUGCUGAUGACUCGCGGAAAAGGAGACAAGUGGAUGAGCAGCGAUACCAGGAGAUAAGGGACUCGAUCGUUGCUGUAGAAAAGACCUUAAACCAAGAGAUAAAGCGGCGGGUUGAUGCCAACAAGGCUCUUCAGCAGAUUUCUGAGCAAACGGCGAACGAAAUGCUGGAGAGGCUCCAACUGAGAAUCGUCAAGUACAUCGAAAGCCUUACGGCAUCUAUGGACAUGCUGAUAACGCGAUGCGAAAGCUUGGAACAGGGCCUAGCGCAAAUGAAGGGAGAGAUUCCCAGUAAACUGGCGCACGACUUCGCCACGCUGCAGAAAGACGCCGUGGCUCUUCGCCAGACAUUUAAGACCGAACUCAAAAGCAGGAACGACAGGGACACCCUUGCAUGCAAAAAGUUGGGCGAGCUUCAGCUUCUUAUUGACUCCAAGUUUGAGGCUGAAAUUGCAGUGCGGCAGGAACAACUGAACCUCAUCAAGAGGGAAGUCGAGAGGCUUGUCAAGGGCGACGAAACUCAAGAGCAGUUUCACGCCUUCAUCAUGGAAGAGUUAAUGUCCCUAAAGAAUGGCCUUGCACUCGCAACGCAGGCAAGGGAGCAAUCAGACGACGAAAUCAUACAGGCAAUUAAUCAAUACACCACAGCUCUUCAGAAAGGUCUACGAACGAUAAAUGCGCUAUAA